GCCGAGCGCGAGAGGGCGGACUUGCACUUCCCGGAGGGAAGAGGUCCGGAAGAGAGGCCGCUGAGCCCAGUGCUUUGUAGCUCUUGCGAAUCCCAGACAGCGGUACCCGCACCGUUGGACAGGUUCUUCGCAUCCUCAUUGUAAGUGGGAAGGUAAAUCCAGUCCUUGUUUCUGUAACUUGGCCGGAAGCAGAAGUGAGUCAUAUUUUCUGUGAACGCAUCAUGAAUUCCAUGAAGCCUGAAGAGAACCAGUCAUCCAGUGCUACAGAAAAUGGCCAGAGUACCAGACCUGAAGUUUCAAAGGAUAUGGCCAUCAAGCAGACCUGCCCUAGAAGACUUGCUAUUCAUCUUCUACCUGACAUAAACGAGUGUGGCGGGACCAGUAAGCUUAAAAGUGAAGUCAAGCAUGAAGCAUCUGUGGAAAUCCAGAACCCAGACUGGGACACCCAUAAAAAAUGUUAUUUUACUUUUACUUUGAAUGAAAACUCGAGGAAAUCUGACCGUAGUAUGUUUAAAGCACAUGGUAAACCCCAUGAGAGUAUCUACUCAGCUCUGAGAGCUAAUGACAAUUUCAGUGAAAGGAUGGAGAAUCAUUUGAAUAAGCACAUUCUUGUUUUUGAAGAAAAAACAAUAGAAGGAUAUAUAAAUUUAGGAAUGCCUCUCAAGUGCCUACCUGUAGGGUCCCACUUCAAAAUAAAAUUUAGUCAAAGAAAGGGUAACCAGGAAGGUGAUCAGAUCUUGCGCCAGUGUGAAAAUCCAUACGUGGAAUGCGUUCUUUUUCACAUUGUUGCUGUUGGGAAGAGGAUAAAGAAGAUUCUUAAGAUGAAGGAACUUCAUGAAAGAGGAACUACACUUUGUAUCUAUGCCCUAAAGGGUGAGACUAUCAAAGAAGCUCUAAGCAAGGAUGGCCGAUUUCGGUCUGACCUGGAUGAAUUUAAAUGGAAAAUAAUAGAAGAUCAUAAGAUAAUUCAUGGAAAACAUUCCCUGGUGGAUGAUGUGUCUGGAAAAACCUUAGAAAUGGACAUUUUUAAGAAAAACCUUGCCAGGAAAGGUACCCAUAAGAAAAUUAAACAGGAGAAUGAAAAUACCACUGAAGAAAUCUGUCCCUGGGAUCUGAUACAGUCUGAGAUCAGGGAACACGAACCAGAGGAAGAUGAGGAGACUGAAGAUGUAGAAUACAACAGAAAAGAAUUUCUCCCAGCUCGGAAUCUAGGGCAUGAUAUUGAAAGUAAAAAACAACGGACAAUUUCCAGAAUUAGUAAGUAUUACAAUAAUAGUUUCAACAGAAAAUACAGGAGAAACAACUCACAGGUUAGGCAAGGGCCCCAUCCAGGUAUGGAACAUGUUAAUCAAUAUAUCCAAAGGACGGCAACUAACCUCUGGCUGAAGAAUUUCCAAAGGUUGGACAAAGUGAUAAUGGAUCAGUAUCCGAAUUUUAAUGAAGAGACUCUCUGGAUGAGAAAGUAUUUUCAGGAUGAACAGAAGAAAACCAAACUGCUACCAUUUCAACAAUUCAACAUUUAUAAAAAGUACUUUGGAAAAGUGACUGAAAAUUCUACUUCAGUUGCAAUCUGUGAAGAUCUUAUUCACCUUAGUAAGUCAGUUGGGUUCAUGAAAUGGGACAAUAAUGGAAACACAGGCAACGCUACUUGCUUUGUCUUCAAUCAUGGUUAUAUUUUCACCUGUCGACAUGUAAUACAUCUUAUGGUGGGAGAAGGCACAGAUCCAAGUUUGUGGCCAGAUAUAAUAAGCAAAUGUGCAAAGGUAACUUUUGCUUAUAAAAAGUUCUGUCCUAUGGAUGUUGAUUGGUUUUCCAUUGAGCCGUGGUUUGAAGUGUCUGAUGGAACUCUAGAUUACGCCAUUUUAAAGUUAAGAAAAAACGUAAAUGGAUUUCCUCCAGGCCUGUUUGGACAGAUUCCCUCUCAACCAUCUAGUGGUUUGAUUUAUUUAAUUGGUCACCCAGAAGGCCAGGUCAAGAAAAUAGAUGGCUGUGCUGUGAUUCCUCCAAAUCAGCGGUUAGAGAGGUACCCAGAGCAUCAUCAAGAUGGGGUGGUAGGUCCCCAUGCUGCCACUUAUAAUGCUUUCUCUAUGUUUACCCAACGAAGUUUCCUAUCAGAAGUUUGGAGCACAGAUACACUUAGCUAUGAUACUUGUUUUUCCAGUGGGUCCUCUGGCUCCCCAGUGUUUAAUGCAUCUGGCAAGUUGGUUGCUAUGCAUACCAUUGGGUAUUUUUAUAAACAUGGAGAUAAAGUAUAUGCCCUUAUUGAAUUUGGCUAUUCUAUGGAGUCAAUUCUUUGUGAUGUUAAACAGAAAAAUGAGAGUUUAUAUAAAUUAUUAAACGAAGAGAAAAACGAGAACCAUGAUGAAGACCAAAAUAACAAGUCAUUUCAAGAUCAUCAGAUUGAACCCAUGGAACAUUAGGAAAAAGAUGUUUUCAAGAAAAUAUGCUAAUAAUUUAGAGUAUUCAGGGCUGUUUCCAUAAACUAUAAUGAAUAUUCUUUUUUUAAUUAGAAAAUGAUGUGGAUGUUCAAAAAAAAUAUAAGAGUUCAAAUAAAUUCUGAUUUUUUUUGGUCA